GAAAAUAUUGGUGUCAAAUGUGACACCCUAACAGGAUUAGGGAGAUGUCUGUGAGCCACCCCCUCCCAUCAGACUGGAGAGGAGAAGAGGAGGGGCAUGAGGCUGAGCUCUCUAAAUCUCACCUUACUUUGCUACGACUUUCAAAUGUAAUUACUACAGCAGGAUUAUCAAGUAUUGUGCUGCCUCCUUCUGCUACUACUACUACUCCUACUACCACCAGCACUACUACUACUACUCCGCUCCUGCCUGUAGCACUACUUCUGUAACUUCACUCAUAGCUGGGGGCAGGAUCUGGGCAUGCUAUGUCCUGUAUCACAGGCACUUGGAGUAAAUCAGGGAUUGUACUAGGGAUAUGCACUGACCUGAAGACUCCAGCCAUAGUCUCAUUUUGACUGGAUUUGCUGACUGUAGCCACCACUUGGCUUGGACUUUGCAGGUCAAUCAAUGGACCUUUUAUGCCCCCUGGAUGAAGUAUGAAGGCUGGGAGUUUACACUGAGUGCAGCUCACACUUGGACUCCAGCUGAUCCUGCUGCAGCUCCUUAUUAACUGUGUCUGAGGAACCUUCCCACCCCUGGAGAAGCCCACGUCUAGCUUGUCAGAUGUACUGUUGUACAGCUCAGGUCUUCCUGGCAGCCGGCCUGUGUAGUGGGAUGAAGAAGAAGCAGCAGCAGCCUCAGAGCCUGGUCUACAGGCAGCAGCUAUAGGGCCAUCCUAUUGUGUCUUAUGGGAGUCUUAUCAGGACUAACAAGCAUCCAUCCCGAUCUUCAGACACUGGCUGAUCCUGUUGGAGCAAACUUUUCCUUGGCUGUGUCCAUGUGAUCAUUGUUCAGAUCUAAUGAGAAAGGGAAGACCAUUGUAAGUGAGGGAGCCAUCCCAUAAUAACCCUCUCACCACAGUACUGGUGUCACAGGUCUGCAGCCCUGCACUGUGCAAUGAACAUGCUCCCCUGGCUCCUCUUCUUCCUCACUGGCUGGACUUUUUGUGAAAAGUUCUCUCUGUGUUAUGGCCUUGACUACGAUUAUCCUUAUUAUGACACUGAAGAGGAAAAACCUGAGGUCAUUGACUACAAGGAUCCUUGUAAAGCUGAAGUCUUUUGGGGAGACAUUGCCUUAGAUGAAGAAGAUUUAAAAAUGUUUAAAAUAGACAGAACAAUUGACCUCACUCAGCAUUCAAUUGAACACUUAGGACACACCACAGGUGGCCUUGAAGAGCAUGAUCUGUCCAAAAAAAGAGGAGCACUAUAUCAGCUUAUAGACCGGAUUAGAAGAUUUGGCUAUGGUUAUGAGCGCACAAAUGCAACUGGUGAAAAAACAGAUCUAAAACCCUCAGGGAAAAGUGAGAAGAGGAGAAUUCCCAGAGCUGCUACAUCACGCACAGAAAGAAUAUGGCCUGGGGGAGUUAUUCCAUAUGUUAUUGGAGGCAACUUCACUGGAAGCCAGCGAGCCAUGUUCAAGCAGGCCAUGAGGCACUGGGAAAAACAUACCUGUGUAACCUUCAUAGAGCGCACUGAUGAGGAAAGCUACAUUGUGUUUACAUAUAGGCCUUGUGGGUGCUGCUCUUAUGUGGGUCGAAGAGGAAAUGGCCCUCAAGCAAUAUCAAUAGGCAAAAACUGUGAUAAGUUUGGAAUUGUGGUUCAUGAGCUGGGUCACGUGAUAGGCUUUUGGCAUGAGCACACCCGACCAGACCGAGAUGAUCAUGUGACUAUUAUCAGGGAAAAUAUUCAACCAGGCCAGGAAUACAAUUUUCUGAAGAUGGAACCAGGAGAGGUGAACUCUCAAGGAGAACCAUAUGAUUUUGAGAGCAUCAUGCAUUAUGCAAGGAACACCUUCUCAAGGGGUAUGUUUUUGGAUACAAUUCUUCCCUCCCGAGAUGAAAAUGGUUUGCGACCUUCUAUUGGGCAGCGCACAAGACUCAGUGCGGGAGAUAUUGCACAGGCAAGGAAGCUGUAUAGAUGUCCAGCAUGCGGAGAAACUUUACAGGAUUCUACUGGCAAUUUUUCUUCUCCUGGAUUUCCAAAUGGUUAUCCUUCAUACACUCAUUGCAUAUGGAGAAUAUCUGUGACCCCAGGAGAAAAGAUUGUUUUAAAUUUCACCACUAUGGAUGUCUACAAGAGCAGUCUCUGCUGGUAUGACUAUAUUGAAGUCCGAGAUGGCUACUGGAGAAAAUCACCAUUGCUGGGAAGGUUUUGUGGUGAUAAACUUCCAGAGGUGUUAACAACAACAGACAGCAGAAUGUGGAUAGAGUUUCGAAGCAGUAGUAACUGGGUUGGGAAGGGAUUUGCUGCAGUGUAUGAAGCAAUUUGUGGUGGAGAGAUCCACAAAGAUUCUGGGCAGAUCCAGUCCCCCAAUUAUCCAGAUGACUACCGGCCAUCAAAGGAAUGUAUAUGGAAAAUAACAGUAGCAGAAAAUUACAAUGUUGGAUUAACCUUCCAGGCAUUUGAGAUUGAGCGUCAUGACACCUGUGCUUACGAUUACUUGGAAGUGAGAGAUGGGAACAGUGAAAGCAGUCCCCUCAUUGGGCAUUUCUGUGGCUACGAUAAGCCAGAUGAUAUCCGAUCUACCUCUAAUACCCUGUGGAUGAAAUUUGUUUCAGAUGCAACUGUAAACAAAGCAGGGUUUGCUGCUAACUUCUUAAAGGAGGAAGAUGAAUGUGCCAAACCAGACAAUGGGGGCUGUGAACAACGGUGUGUGAACACGCUAGGAAGUUAUAAGUGUUCUUGCGAUCCUGGCUAUGAACUUGGUCCAGACAAGAAAAGCUGUGAAGCUGCAUGUGGAGGAUUGUUAACCAAGCUCAAUGGAACUAUAACCACCCCAGCGUGGCCCAAAGAAUAUCCCCCUAAUAAGAACUGUGUGUGGCAGGUUGUUGCUCCUUCUCAGUACAGAAUAUCUGUGAAGUUUGAAUACUUUGAACUAGAGGGUAAUGAAGUUUGCAAGUAUGAUUUUGUUGAGAUUCGAAGUGGCCUAUCCUCUGAUUCAAAGUUACAUGGGAAGUUCUGUGGGACUGAAGUGCCUGAGGUUAUUACCUCCCAAUACAACAAUAUGAGAAUAGAAUUUAGGUCUGAUAAUACAGUUUCAAAAAAGGGUUUCCGCGCACAUUUCUUCUCAGACAAAGAUGAAUGCUCUAAAGAGAAUGGAGGCUGCCAACACGAAUGCAUCAAUACCAUUGGUAGUUAUGUCUGUCAAUGCCGGAAUGGAUUUGUACUACAUGAAAAUAAACAUGACUGCAAGGAAGCUGAAUGCGAGCACAGAAUACAUAGCCCUAACGGAGUAAUAACAAGCCCCAACUGGCCAGACAAGUAUCCCAGUCGGAAGGAAUGUACUUGGGAAAUAAGUGCCACUCCAGGCCAUAGGGUUAAACUAACAUUUGGAGAGUUUGAAAUUGAGCAGCAUCAAGAAUGUGCGUACGACCAUCUGGAGGUUUUUGAUGGGGAAACUGAAAAGUCUUCUAUCCUUGGACGGUUAUGUGGCAAUAAGAUUCCAGAGCCUUUAGUGACCACAGGAAAUAAGAUGUUUCUCCAUUUUGUGUCAGAUGCAUCCGUACAAAGGAAAGGUUUUCAAGCCACGCAUUCUACAGAGUGCGGCGGUAGACUGAAGCCAGAACAAAAACCAAGAGACUUGUUUUCGCAUGCUCAGUUUGGCGACAACAAUUACCCAGUCCAAGCAGAUUGUGAGUGGUUGUUGGUGACAGAAAGGGGUCUUCGGGUUGAACUCGGCUUCCCAACAUUUGAGGUGGAAGAAGAAGCAGACUGUGGCUAUGACUAUAUGGAGCUCUUUGAUGGUCAUGAUUCAUCUGCAAUGCGGCUAGGACGUUUCUGUGGAUCGGGGCCUCCGGAGGAAAUUAUAUCCAGCGGAGAUGCAAUACUUAUUCAUUUUCAUACAGAUGAUACAAUCAGCAAGAAAGGAUUUCAUAUACGAUACAAAAGCGUGAAGUAUCAAGAUAUCCUACACACCAAAUAACACAUGAAACCUCUUCCGCAGGCAAUGGGGGAUAAAAGACCGCACAUGUGAACUUUAAAAAGGAAGUAUUUUUUUUACUAACGUUAUUAGUACAAAUGUUUUAUAUCGUAAUUAGAAUUGGAAGCAUCAACCUAAGGAACUGCACUGGCCAGUAAUGGAAGAUUGUAGCAAAAGACGUUGAUAAAAUGGUUGCAAGUGGACUACCAUGGCAGACAUUGAACACACAUGCAUGCUGCUGCUAGGGAAGCUUUGGGGGAAUUCACAAAAAAAUAACAACUAAUAGGAUAGUGUGCAAUAUAUUGGUUUUUAUGUUGUCUUUUUCAACAACAUAUGCAUGAUACACAGGGAAGUUGUCCUUCAUUUGGUGGUUUCCAGAUGUUGUAUUCUGACAUUCACAAAAAUAAACAAAUGUUAAAUGAAAUUUAUAUUCAGUAGAAACCAUUCUUAGGCCCUUUUGUGAAUUUCCCCUUAAGCGUUUUUUUUUCUUGGCUUGACAUUUGUCAAUGCUCCCUGCAAGAUCACUCUGCAACGUUCAUUGAAAGUCACCCCAAGGACAGCUCUAUCUUCUGACUGUUGUCUAAGAAGAAAUAUAAGACAAGAUGAAAAGUUCCUGCAGGCCACAGACUCAUGUGUUCACAGAAUUCUUCAGACUGGACUUUUGUGCUUGGCAAGCAGCUUAUCGUAGAAACAGAAUGGCAUACAGAAGGCAAACUAAGAAGAUCUUUAGGAGAUGUUUGGAAACCCGCUCAGGACUCCUCCAUUUAUCCAGUUACACAAAGAUGCUUAGGAUCUGCAAACUUAAAGCCUCUUUGUCUGCACCCAGACUUCUGUUUUACAUCCGACAAACAGCGACUUUUGUUCCUUUCGUUGUAACCAUCAUUUAUACGAAUGUAACAUUCUCUUUCCUCCGCUACGUUCAUAGUGUGAAUGCUGUUCAGAAAAGGAUGUUUUCAAUGUACUGAUCUAUUAUGCCAUAUGUUGUAAUGCACUGUUACUUUGCAACAAACGUGAUCAGGGACCUGUUAGUGGUUUUCACGUCUGUUCUACUUUUCAGACUCCUUGUAUUAUGAGGGGAUUAAAAGAGAAAAAAAAAAUAUUUUGAACAGGAAAUAUAAUCAGCUGAAUUGCAAAACGUGAAAUCCAGACUUCGGUUUCACCUUUCAGUAUCUAUCCUUAUAAUGGCUGCUAUUUCUUUAGUGUGUGAAUAUUAAGGACAAACUGUGUUUCAGACAUUAAAUGCAGAGAUUUCAGUAGCGGCUGUGGAAAAGGCCCGUCUUAUGUGAUUAUAUACUUCGCUUAUACAUAACAUGUUAUUGGAUGAAAUUUCCAAUGGUGCUAUAUCAGUUAAGAAAACACACAAAACUUACUCUGAUAAAAAAAAAAAAAAAAAAAUGAGCCGACAAAAAUGAGAAAUAUGAUUACGAAAUACGAUUACGAAAGACUUCUGAAGUAUAUGGAGAACUCAAUGCAAUUUCAGCUCUGUGUCCUGUGGAACAACAAUUGUUGCCUUAGAAUUCUUGCACAUGAUCAAACUGAUCUUCUUGUAGAUACAUCUGUACUUUGAUAUGUCUCUGGACAACUUUAACAUUUUAACAUAUGUUACAGAGGAUCAUUGAAGACAUUUUACACGUAGUUCUAGCAUAUUCUGUACAUAUAACGUGCUGCUUUCUGGGUAGGUGUACUGUGUGUUAUUUUUGAAUUGUUCUAUUAUGUGCUUUUAGACAUUGUACAGACAAGAUGUAUCUGCUAUUGUCAAUUUGUAUGAAUGUACAUGUUCCAGGUGUGUGAAAUAUCUUGUAUGGUCGACCAGUUACUUGUUACUUUAUGUGCCAAAUUGUUUUAUUUUUAUUUUACAUUUGACAGUAGCAACUUUUUAUUUAAAGUUGUCGUAUGCAGAUAAGUAUGGUUUAUUUAAGAUAUUCAGGUUCCCAUAUGUUUUAUUAAAUAGAAAUCUGGUUUUGAUAUUAUUGGAUGUAGGUUGCUAAAUACAUUGGCAUCAAACAUCUGUUAACUCACUGCGACAUUCACUGGCUCUAA